AAGAAGAAAGGAAAAGCAUCCAAGCUUGCUCGUAUGAGCGAUGAGGAACGAGCAAGAUAUUUACAGCAUCGUGCCGAUCUCGAGUUAGAGGCAAAACGCCGAAAACAACAGCUGAUAGCGAUAUUUACAAAGGUGAUAUAUUUAUAUGUCAUUGUCAAAUGAAUAUUCGUAUUUGAAUUGUAAUUGAAUAAAAUUACUAAAAAUAAGCAGUAAUAACUAAUGAUUCUGCUUUUGUAGAACAAACUAAAACGUGAAGAAGCAUUUGCGCGUAUAAAUACCGCAAAACUUAACGAACAAUGGCGAACUACUUUACGUCGCAUGAAAUGUUCAGAAUUGAAGGAAGACGUUCAGCAUUUGUGGCAAGACUUCGAAGAAACGUUAAAAACAAAAGAUGAAUUUAUAAAAAAGUUAUAUGAUGAGUUAGUGGAAUCGGAUCUUGAUCAUCGACGAUUUCAAGAAGCUCACAUGAUAGCUUUAGAUAAUAUCAUAGAAAAAGGCCAUGAAAGAAUAAAUUACCUGCGUAGUAAUUACGAAGGAAUGGUAAGCAGAAUCGAGAUUACAGAUGUGGAAGAUAUGAAACGUCAUAAAAUCGAUAUGAAAGAAUCUCUGCUACACCUGAAAACUAUCAUCUUUGCCAAAAGUAAAUGUCUAGAAGAAGAAUUGACGGAAAUAAGAACUAGAAAUGCUGUUAAUAUUCAUAAUAUUGUAUACUCCAAAGACGAAUCUAUUCAUCAAUUAAAGCGUAAAAUUUAUUCUCAAAUGGAGAGAUUAUGGCAACAAUCGAACGACCUGAUAACAAAGUACGAAAAAUCUACUGAAAGUAAGAGAAAGCAAUAUGAAUAUUUGAAAGAACAAGACGAUGCCCAUCAGGUAGAAGCAGCGCAAUUUCCUAAAUUGUACGCUCAGUUAAAGGAAAAUUUAGAAACAUUGAGAAAAAAUCUCUUCACCUUGGCCCAAGAGCGAGAAGAAACCAUUGAGGAUUUGAGGAUGCAAUCGGAGUUGCUUACUAAACGAGUUUGUAAAAUGAGACAAGAAAUGAAAAUGGCUCAAACUAUAGACACGGUGCAAUUGAAGCGAUUAAGCGUUUUAAGUAGCCAAGUUAUUAAGGAUUUGGAAAUAAUUCUUGAUAAGGGUGUAGAACUUCAAACAAUGGCAAAAUUGUGUUCGAAUCUGGAACCAGAUUCCUUACGUGUAACAAAAUAUUCAUUGAAAAAUUUAGAAACACCGAAAGAAUUAAUAAAAUCCAAUGAAGAACCUUUCGGCUUUCUUAAAAAAAUAGAAGGCUUUCGAGAUCAUUUGUAUUGCAUUAAAGAAGAAAACAGUAUUCUGAAGCAAGAACGCAAUCUUCUUGUUGAAGAAAACAACAGGUUAAAGCAUUGCUUACGAUCUUAUUUUCGAUCAAUCUCAAGAAUGCCAACCAUCCAAACACUAACGCGAGCCUAAAUCUUAUCAUUUACUAUACAAUUUUUACAAAAUCAUCUACUGAUGUAAGACAAAAUCAAAGUGCCACACAAACCACAGUAAAACUGAUAAUACGACCAUAGUGUGAAUGUACUGCUUAUUUAUAUGCAAAAACUGCAUACUUACUAGACUUUUUCUUAUGUAAUCUUGAGCAGAGAGAUUUGAAUAAAUUUAUAAAAAAAA